ACAAGGAGUCAGACAUGAAAAGACAGAUAGUAAGACAAGGGGGUAAAGAGAGAGGGGGUACAAGGAGCCUCACCUCAGAAACACAGACAAAAUGAAGAAAAAUUCCACUAAUUUAAGAGUGCGGCUUCCCACUCUGGUGUUUGUCCUGGAAGUCAUGAUCGUUGUAUUAUAUGCUGUCUUUGUAACCUACGAUGACCAGAGCAAUGCAGUGCUGCAGAACAACAUGACAAAGCCUAUGGAGAACGCUGUGUACCAAGACUACCCUUUUUUCGCUGACAUCCAAGUGAUGAUCUUCAUCGGAUUUGGCUGCCUUCUGGCUUUCUUUCAGCGGUAUGGUUUUGGUGGAAUGGUGUUUAAUUUCCUGACGGCUACAUUUGCCAUCCAGUGGGCCAUUUUGAUCCAGGGCUUCUUUCAUUUCUAUUAUGAUGGGAAGAUUCAUCUGGGAGUGAUAAACCUGAUCAAUGCAGAGUUUGCUUGUGCGGUUGUGCUUAUCUCAUUUGGAGCAGUGCUGGGGAAGACCAGUCCCGUUCAGUUAUUAGUCAUGGCCUUGUUGGAGGUUCCUGUGUUUGGCGUUACGGAAUGGAUUGUUGUCAAGUACCUGAAGAUCAAUGAUGCUGGUGGCUCCAUCCUCAUUCACAUGUUUGCUUGUUACUUUGGUCUGGGUGCCACCUUCAUCCUGUAUAGGCCAAUUCUGAAUGAUGGUCAUUCCAAAGAAUGUACCAGCUAUCAGUCUGACAUGCUAUCUGUGCUAGGUACCUUAUUCCUCUGGGUAUUCUGGCCCUCCUUCAAUUGUGCAUUGACCCUGAGAGGAGAUGACCAGCACAGAGCCAUCCUCCACACUUUCAUAGGCCUGAGUGCCUCCACACUAACUGCUUUUGCCCUCUCGGCCAUGCUCAACAAGAAUGGCAAGCUCAGCAUGGCCGAUGUACAGAACGUCACCUUGGCUGGUGGAGUCACUGUUGGUGCCUCAGUGGACAUGAUGAUCACACCCGCUGCUGCUUAUGUGCUAGGGAUGCUGGGUUGUACCGCUUGCAUGCUGGGAUAUAAGUACCUUAGUCCUUUUCUUGCACGACGGCUGCGCGUGCAGGACCAGUGUGGCAUCCACAACCUUCACGGCCUAACGGGACUUAUCUCAACUAUAGCGGCCAUUUGCGCCAUUCUGUGGGCCAGUGAGGAAACAUAUGGCCCCAGCCUGUAUGAGACGUUUUCUUAUCGUGCACCCCAGAAGGGAGACCCUCGGCUGGCGAAACUACAGGAACUGAUUCCAGGAUUGGAGGCGGGUUUGGGCCGCACUGCAAAGGAGCAAGCCUUGUACCAACUGGCUGCACUGGGAAGCACCAUUGCUCUGGCUGCUGUGGGAGGCAUGCUGACGGGACUGCUGCUCAAGCUCCCGUAUCUCGCCUCCCCACCUGAUGAGUUCUGCUUUGAUGAUGAGCUCUUCUUUAAUGUUCCUGCAGAUUAUAAUCAGGUACCUGGGGCACAGGACCCAGGGUGUGCAAAGACGCAGGACAAGCAGGUACUGGGUAAGCGCAGUACCGAAAGCUAGAUUUCAUUCAGUAAAAGAUGAAGAACACUUUAAAUGGACCAGGCAUGGAUAUGAGUGGGCCACGAAUAGUAUGCUGUUUGUCAUUUUUGUAAUAUUCCGCAGGGCAGCACUGUAUCCCUCAGUUUGACAGAAUAUUUUGUAUCCUUUUUGUGUUUUCAUCAAUAAAUGUUCUCUUACUUGCUA